GCUGCUUGGGUUUCUCCAGUAUAGCACACCAGCUUUUCAACUGCUGCUCUCGAACCCCUGCUUACAUCAUGGCCUUCACUAGGAAAACAUCUUACAGUGCCAAGUCUUCUUCUUCUUCUUCUUCUGGAAUGGCUCCUCUGAACUUCAGCAGCAUGUCCUACUCUGGAUCCAGCGGUCGCCAACAGAGCUACUCAGCGACCAGCUCCUUUGGAGGGGUCAACCGCAGCCUGGCAGGUGGACUUGGAGGAGCUUAUGGAGGAGCCUACGGAGGUGGUAUGGGUCUAGGCAUGGGAAUUGGAAUGGGCAUGGGUAUAGGUGGCUCUUCUGUGGCCCCCAUCACCGCGGUGUCAGUCAACAAGAGGCUCCUGGCUCCUCUUAACCUGGAAAUCGACCCCACCAUCCAGGCAGUCCGCACCCAAGAGAAAGACCAGAUCAAGUCCCUCAACAACCGCUUCGCCUCCUUCAUCGACAAGGUACGCUUCUUAGAGCAGCAGAACAAAAUGCUCGAGACCAAAUGGACCCUCCUCCAGGAGCAGACCACCACCCAUUCCAACAUCGACGCCAUAUUCAAGGCCUACAUCGCCAACCUGCACCAACAGCUCGACAGUCUGGACCACGACAAGACGAGGCUAGAGGCCGACCUGAACAACAUGCACGGUUUGGUGAAGGACUUCAAGAAUAAGUAUGAAGAUGAAAUUACCAAGCGUACCGAAGCAGAGAAUGACUUUGUCUUCAUUAAGAAGGAUGUGAAUGAUUCCUACAUGAGUAAAGUUGCGCUGGAGGCUGAGCUGGAGAGCCUUACAGAUGAGAUCAACUUCCUCAGAGAGAUUUUUGAAGAGGAGGUCUGUGAGCUGCAGUCGCAGAUCAAGGACACCUCUGUGGUGGUGGAGAUGGACAACAGCAGAAAGCUGGACAUGGACGCCAUCGUGGCUGAGGUCAGCUCUCAAUAUGAAGACAUCGCCAAGCGCAGCCGCGCUGAGGCUGAGACGUGGUACAAGUGCAAGUUUGAGGAAAUGCAGACAUCGGCCAACCAGUACGGAGAUGACCUCAGGUCAACGAAGACAGAAAUCGCAGAUCUCAAGCGCAUGAUCCAGAGAUUGCAGUGUGAAAUCGAGGCUGUGAUGCGGCAACGUGCCAACCUGGAGAGUCAGAUUGCUGAGGCUGAGGAAGGUGGGGAGAUGGCAGUGAGGGACGCCAAGUCUCGCAUCAAGGAUCUGGAGGAGGCUCUGCAGAAAGCCAAGAAGAACAUGGCACACCAGAUCAGAGAGUACCAGGACUUGAUGAACGUCAAACUGGCGCUGGACAUUGAGAUCGCCACCUACAGAAAACUCCUGGAAGGAGAAGAAGACAGACUGGCAAUGGGAAUCAAGACCAUUAACAUCUCCAAACAGAACACAAGCUACAGUUCCCUUCCAUUGGAGAGUGCUAAAAGUGCCUACAACAGCUACUCCAGCUCCAGUUACUCCAAUGGUUUUUCCAGCGCCUGCAGUGGUGGUUCCAGCUCCAGCUCCAGCUCCAGCAGUGGAUAUGGCACCAACAGCUACAGUGACAGCAGUGCUUCCCAGAUGAAGAAAAGUGUCGUCAAGAUGAUCAAGACCAAGUGCGGCAAAUUCGUGUCCGACUCUUCUGAGGUCAUCCAAGAUUGAGAACCUUGUCAUGUUCCUCUUUCAGCCUGUAAACCAGCAAGAUAAUGGUCCAAUGCAUGCAGUCAUAAUGGGAUGCAGACAGGAAGCGAUCUGUAAAGCAAUAAAUGUCUUUACUAUGACCAAAGGAUUUGCAUUGGACCAAUUGAAUCCCAGUCUGAUCCACACAGCUGUACUGUCUUGCACAACAUGUCUUCAGGGCUGAACCCUUGUGGUUGAGAAUUUUAGAUUUUCCACCAAGACAGACCACUUUUUAGACUCUCAAUGCACUGUAACAGUUGGUUUUACAUUUACAUUUAUGUUUAUGAAGGUUUAUGUUCACAAUAGUGUGAAAGUAGUGUUCUGUGCCUGUUCUGUAGAAAAUAUCUACAUAUUGUAUGUUGUAUACAGCCACAAAAAUGCAUAUUAUUUUUAAUAUAUUUACUUCACUGAAUUAUUUUCUAUUAUUGGUAACUUUUAACUUUCAACUGCAUUAUGUGAAAUACUGUAUGUAGUUUUUUUUUGGCUUAUGUGUGCACAGAAUAAAAUAAAUGAAUCAACACAUCAAAACAAAA